CUUUCACAACAUGCUGUGAUCCGAGAGUUAACUUCAACAAGUUUUUGUACCUGGCAUACAGCCUAUAAUCCUGGCUGCAGCGAUUCAUUAGCAGAUCUAGAGAGUUAUCAAAAAGAGGCAUUUCCCUCUUUUAUAUAUUUGAUCUUUCAAUUGAAAAGUUGUUCACCCUGACGCCAUAGCUCCUUCUCAAAGCAUUGUAAUUACCACCAGAAGCUUCCUUCCCUUAAACCUUCUCGGGUCAGGUUGCUCAUUAUUCGUUCAUAAGCUUCCACUAGCGGGAAGUUCCUUCCUUCGCAACGAUACUUUCUCCACGUCAUCUGGUAUUUUUAAACCAUCAUACUGGUACAAUAAGGGACCUGCAGCACACGUCAAGAAAAAAGUCACCUCACUUUCUCCAAAAUGAAGUACUCCAUCACAGCUCUAGUUGCGCUCGCAUCAGCUGCUACAGCACAUUUCACCCUCGGCUAUCCAGCAGUUCGUGGGUUCGAUGAAGACAAACUUGGUCAAUUUCCAUGUGGAUCAUUUGAUACAGUCUCCGCAACCCGAACACCAUGGCCAUUGACAGGAGGUUCGAUUGGGCUUGAAAUGGGGUAUGUCUCUCGUCCAAUUGCAGAAGAAGAGAGAUCCAAUAUCUAACAAAUCACCUAGUCAUGUCAGUUCCACAAUCCAAGUAACCAUCGCCUUUGGCAACAACCCCGGCUCCUCCUUCAACACCAUCCUCAAACGACCAAUCUCCCAAAACGGCCUUGGAUCCUUCUGCAUGACCGGAAUUACUCUUCCCUCAAAUGUCAACGUUACAAGCGGUAGCAAUGCCACCAUCCAGGUCAUCACGAACGGAGAUCCAAGUGGUGGUUUGUACAACUGCGCCGACAUUACAUUUUCGUCCACAGUUACAGAACCAAGCAGUGAUGUAUGCAGGAACAACACUGGUGUUACUGCUACGGUAGCUGCCAGUCAAAGACAACCCAAUGAGACAACGAGUGGAUCGACUACUGGUGGUGCUACUCCAAGUCCUACGGCUAAGAGUGGUGCUGUGAAUUUGCAUGCGGGAGUUAGUGGUUUGAUUCUUGCUGGACUUGCAGGUGUGUUUGUGGUGGUUUUGUAAGGGAGCAUAAAUGUAUUGAGAUAGGCGUUCAUGCGAGGGAAUGAGUUCAUGAGUUAUAUUUGCCAUAAUGACCUUUUCAUCAACAUUUCUUUCAGUGUCAGGCGACGAUUCUCAAUGAAUCCUAGGUAUCAAUUUGCUUUUUAGAUCCAAAUUCGACACGAGUUUCUACGUCACUACUAAGCAAGAGACCUUUUCCUUUGACUAAGCCUCAGUACACGUACCAGGACUCGUGGCCAUGUUUCAAGAGCUCAAAACUAUGUUCCUUUCCCCGAGGAUACCUUGGAUGACUCGCAGGUCAAGCAAUUCCAGAAUCAGGGACCAGUCUUUUGAGGUAUAAGGUUG